UGGACAGACAGGAUGCAUGUGGACCUGCUGUGGCUAACAGCUACACUUCUCUCCUUCCCACUGCUUACACUAUGUGACCCGCUGUACAUCAUGUCAGCUCCCCAGAUCCUGAGGGUGGGCACGCGAGAGCGGGUGUUUGUGCAGGUACAAGAUUACCGAGGUCAAAACCCACUGCCUGUCCAAAUCACAGUGACUAACUUCCCCAACAGACAAAAGGAUCUCUUCAAAGACAAAGUGACACUAAAUUCUGCAAACAAAUUUCAAAGUCUGGUGGAUAUAGAGAUUCCCUAUGAAGAAGCCAAUUUUAAUUCAGACUCUGCAGAAAAACAGUUUGUUUAUCUGAAAGCAACUUUUCCUGAGAGGUCUGUGGAGAAAAUGAUCAUGGUCUCCUUUCAGUCAGGAUACAUAUUUCUACAAACAGACAAGACAAUAUAUACUCUAGAUAGCACUGUAAAAUACAGAAUAUUUGCCUUGAAUGCUGAAGUAAUGCCUGUAAAACAACCUGUCCAGGUGGAAAUUGUGACUCCAGAUGGAUUCAUCAUUAGCAGAAAGCAGUAUCAUCCAGGCACAAAAGUGGAAGAGCACAAACUGGGAAAUCCCAGCAGGUUUGGCAUUUGGAAAAUUGCAGCAAGCUUUAAGAAUAACCCAAGAAAGAAUUUUACAGCAGAGUUUGAAGUUAAAGAGUAUGUACUUCCCAGUUUUGAAGUGCAGCUGACACCUGAAGACAGUUCCUUCUUCUACAUUGAUGAUGACGAGUUCUCUGUCAGGAUUAACGCCAAGUAUUUGUUUGGCAAAGACGUCGAAGGCAGUGCUUUUGUGGUGUUUGGCAUUUUCAGUGAAGGCAAAAAGAUAAACAUUCAAAGCUCCCUUACAAGAGUUAAUAUUCAUAAUGGGCAAGGGACAGCAAAGGUUACCCAAGGUCAAAUCCUCGAGACUUUUCCAAAUAUCAGAGGACUUAUUGGGAAAACACUCUAUAUAUCUGUUAGUGUACUCACUGAUACUGGAAGUGAAAUGGUGGAAGCAGAGAGGAGGGGUAUUCACAUAGUUGAAUCCCCCUAUAUUAUUCACUUUACCAGAACUCCCAAAUUCUUCAAACCUGGAUUGCCUUUUCACUUAAUGGUCUAUGUAACAAACCCUGAUGAGACCCCAGCACAAGGUGUUGAUAUGUCAAUAACCCCAAGCAAUAUGAAAGCCAAAACAGGUCAGAAUGGAAUGACCCAGUUCAUCAUCAACACAGAGAAAGGCAGCAGAAGUCUAGACAUUACUGUGCAAACAGAAGCUGACAGACUCACAAAAGAAAGGCAAGCAGUAAAAAAAAUGACGGCCCAAGCUUACACUUCCACCUCCACAAACUACCUACAUAUAGACAUACCUAACGGCGAGCUGAAGGUUGGGGAUGUUUUCACUAUGAAGCUGCAUUUCGGCACCAGUUCUAGCGUAAACCAAAUCAUCACGUGCUUGAUCUUAAGUAAAGGGCAGAUUGUUCGCGCCUUGAGUGAAGAGAGGAAAGGGAAUGUCGUACUUGCUGUGCCGAUCGACAUCACCAAGGACAUGGUCCCCUCAUUUCGGGUGGUGGCGUAUUACCAUGUGGGAUCCUCUGAUGUGGUGUCCGACUCAGUCUGGGUUGACGUGAAGGACACUUGCAUGGGAACACUUAAAGUUGAAAAGGAGGGAACUGACGCAUAUGAGCCGAAUUAUGAGAUGAGGCUAAAAAUCACAGGGAAUUCUGGGGCUAAUGUGAGCCUGGUAGCUGUGGAUAAAGGCAUCUAUCUCCUCAACAACAAGAACAGACUAACACAGGCCAAGAUCUGGGAUGUCAUUGAGAAGCAUGACAUAGGCUGCACAGCUGGGAGUGGUAAAGACAGUAUGGGGGUUUUCUAUGAUGCAGGUCUGCUGUUCACCUCAGGCACGGCAGGAAGCACAAAUGACAGAACAGAUUUCUCUUGCCCUUCUGAACUAACAAGACGACGCCGUGAUGUCACUGUAACACAGCUCAGAAGAACACUGGUGCAUUCUUAUAAUGAGACACUGAAGCAAUGUUGUAUGGAUGGGAUGGUGGAGAACCUUCUGGGCUACACCUGUGAGCAGAGGGCGGAGUAUGUGGAGGAUGGAGUGGAAUGCCAUGCAGCCUUCCUGCACUGCUGCCAGAAUCUGGCUAAACUCAAAGCAGAGGUGGUGCAAGAGGAGCUGCACCUUGCCAGGAGUGAGGAAUUUGAUCUUGAUCCCGAUGAAUACGAGCAUGAAUCAUCACGUUCAUUCUUCCCUGAGAGCUGGAUGUUGGAUGUUGUACAGAUUCCUAUCUGCAGAAACAAUCAGAAAUGUGUCACGUCUGAAAUCAUCUCUCGUCAUGUUCCAGAGUCCAUCACCACAUGGGUGAUCACUUCCAUCAGCAUGUCAGAUGAUUAUGGUAUAUGUGUGGCAGACCCAUAUGAAAUUAGCGUUACAAAGAAGUUCUUCAUUGAUCUAAAGUUACCUUACUCUGCUGUAGUCAAUGAACAAAUAGAAAUCAAGGCAGUUCUCCACAACUUAAGUGAAAAUCAACUUAAAAAGGUUUAUGUGGAGCUAAAGGAAACUGCAACCAUAUGCAGCAUGGCCAGCCAUAAGCAGAAGUAUCGGGAGAGUGUGAAAAUGGAUCGCAAAUCGUCCCGUGCUGUUUCCUUUGUGAUCAUCCCCUUAGUUGUGGGGGAAUUCGACAUCGAAGUGAAGGCCCUCACAUCAACAGGACUAAGCGAUGGUAUCCUGAAAAAAUUAAAAGUGGUGACCCAGGGAGUGCUGACAUUUACUGGAGAGAUAUCUGUAAUUCUACAUCCUGCAAAAUUUGGAGGAGUGCAGAGAUCAGAAAUUAAGAGGCCCUUACUGAAGAAUCGAAUGCCAGGCACAGACGCUCACACAUACAUAGCUGUUACAGGAAAACCAUUGGCGAAGCUAAUAAAUGAUGCCAUCAGUGGUGCGGGUCUAGAUAAACUCAUUACAGAGCCAAAAGGCUGUGGAGAACAAAACUUGAUGGCUAUGGUCCUGCCACUCAUUGCAACCCACUAUCUUGACAAAACCAAGAAGUGGAAUGAAGUGGGGGACCUGCGACCUAAAGCCCUCGGUUACAUUUAUACAGGCUAUAACAAUGAGCUUAUAUAUCGCAAACCAGACAGUUCUUUUGCAAUUUUCUCUAAUCGUCCAGGCAGCACUUGGCUAACUGCAUAUGUUGUCAGAAUGUUCAGCAUGGCAAGCGAGCUGGUUCACAUAGAGAAAAACUUUAUCUGUGACGCCAUCAAGUGGCUGAUUCUGAAAACACAGAUGCCUAACGGUGUCUUCAAAGAGGUGGAGAGUGUCUCCUCAAGUGCUAUGGGGGGUAAAGCUACACAACUGACAAUGACAGCUUUCGUUCUCAUCGCAAUACAGGAGGGAAACAUAAUUUGUAGUCAAUCAGUAACUAGUCUUCACAGCAGCAUUGGCAAGGCAGUUAAAUACAUCGAAGACAAUAUUGGUUCUACAUCUGAUCCUUACGCUGCUGCCAUAGCUUCAUACGCUCUGGCUAAUGCUGGCAAACUGAAGUAUGAUGUAUUGUUCAAGUUUGCCUCACAAGAUGGUAGUCAUUGGCCAGUUAGCGAAAGUCACCUUUUCACACUGGAGGCUACUGGCUAUGCCCUCAUGUCCCUUGUCAAGGUUUCUGAAUUUACCAAAGCAUCACGCAUUGUGAACUGGCUAAAGGUCAACCAGAGAUUUCAAGGUGGCUACCAGUCCACACAGGCUACUGCUGUGGUCUUUGAAGCUUUAGCAAAGUACAUAACAGAGAAACCACCCGUUUAUGAAGGAGAUAUGAAUGUAAUUGUCAAAUCCACUGCAAGAUCAACCAUUUUUAAAGGACUCUUCUCCAAAACAACUGGAGGUCUACAGCGCACAGACAAGUUCCUGGCAGGAGGUGACUUAACAGUGACAGCUUCUGGACAUGGAGAAGGAAGCAUAAAAGUAAUCACCAUAUAUUACACCAGACCUGAGAAAAAUGCCACCCAGUGCAACAACUUUGAGCUGGACGUUAAAAUUACCAGAGACGCAGCAACUUCUUAUGACCAGGCACUCAAGAGUUAUACACUCACCAUUAAGACAAAGUUCCUGAACAAAGGACGAAAUGCUGCAAUGACCAUUCUUGAUGUUGGCAUGUUGACAGGGUUUGUACCGGACACAUCUGAUCUAAAAAAGCUGAUGGGAAAGGACAAGUACAUUGAGGGGUUUGAUUUGGACAAGCAACUUUCAGAGCGAGGAUCCCUCAUCAUCUACCUGAAAAAGGUUUCAAAUACAUUUAAAGAGACCAUUGCUUUCAAGGUGCACCAGAUGUUAAAUACUGAUCUCCCUCAACCUGUAGGAAUCACUAUAUAUGAGUAUUAUGCCACUGAGAAUCGCUGCGUGAAGUUUUAUGACACAAGCACAGAACGAACAAGUGGUUUGCUGUACACGCUCUGCCCCACUGAAGUGUGCACCUGUGCUGAGGAAAACUGCCCAAGACUAAAGGCCCCUGAUGUCCCAGAUGAGGACAUCCGCAGUAAAGAAGCCUGUUCUAAUAAGGAUUAUGUUUACAAGGCAACUCUGAAGAAGAUUAAGAAACCUGGCAACAUGGAUAUCUACACCUUCACCAUAGUCAAAGUGCUUAAAGAGGGGACUGAUCGGAAUGUGCUUGAUCAAAUGAGGGACUUCUCAGUUCAUUACCGCUGCAGCAAAGAACUGGGCCUGGUGGAGGGCAAGAGUUACCUCAUCAUGGGUCCUGAACCAGAGAGGGCUGAAUCGAGUUACCGCUACAUGUUUUCGGCCCGGACAUGGAUAGAGUACUGGCCCACCUCCAGUGAGAGCCAGGAGAAAAAGGACAACAAUCAUGUGAGAUACAGUGGCUUGGCACAGCUGGACCACAUCUUCCAGGAAGAGGGUUGCAUGACCUAAACACCUUCCUUUAAGUGUACCCUGCAGAUUCAGUGAAUAUCAUGUGAUUUGCUUUCCUAGUAAGGCCAUGGAGAAAAAUAACAGACAUACAGUUUAAUAAUGCACCUAAUGACACAAUUUCAGCAUACAGAAAUCAGUCAUGUAACAGUUACCUGUGCUUUUUUAAUUAUUAUUUUAAAUUUGUCAUACUGUUUAAUGUUCGUGUCAUAGUAGUUUUAAUGUUUAAUUUGUUCCUUUUUAUUUGUACUGGCAGUUUGAUGUAUCAUGUGUCUCUCAGAUUGCAAAUGAAAUAUAUAAAAAUAAAUAACUUGGUAAAAACAUUUUAUCUGUUUGUGAAAAUGCAGCCUGUUCUGCAGAUUAAGUUGAUUAUUGCUCAGAAGGUGGGGAUAUAACACAUACUUACUGAAAACAAAAUAAAUGUGACUUUGUAAAAUAAAACUGAGAGGGUCUAUAGUAAUGUGUUCUCUGUGUCUUAAAA